AUGGGCACGGCAGCGGGGGAUGGUGGUAAGGGUUUAAGGGCUGAGAAAGUGAGGAGGAUAUUCCAGAGGUUUGACGGGAAUGGUGAUGGCGGGCUCGACCGGGAGGAGAUGGCGGCGCUGGUGGUGGCCGUCAAUCCUCGCGUCAAGUUCAGCAACGAGCAGAUCAACGCCAUCCUCGACGAGGUCUUCCGCACAUACGCGGGAUUCAUCUUGCCCGAGCGCGGCCUCACACUGGACGGCCUCCUCCGCACCUACGAGGAUGGCGCCGGCGACGUGGACCGCGAUUUCGACGCCCUCGGCCUCGGCCUCGGGGAUCCUCCUCCCCAUCCCUCUCCUCCCACCGCCGUGGCCCCCCCUGUGCCUGCAGCUGGCUCCGUUGUCUCCGAGGCAUCCUCCUCCGUUGCGCCUAUAGAUCGCGCCUCUUCUGGAGUCACCCCAGCCGAUCCUCUCGAGGCACAGCAGCAGCAGCGGACAGCGGCUUGGGCGGCGUCCCCCAACCACGGGAUCCGAUUCAAAGAGACUUGGCAGCUUGUGGACGACCUGGAAAUUCUGAUAAAGAGGGUACGAGUGCAGCAGAUGAAGAAGGAUGCCAAGGUGAAGUCCUCGGCAGCAGGAGACAGCAGCAACACCCUGGAUAGCUUCUCUGACGCGGGCUGGUCGAGGGAGCUCGGGCCUCCUCAUGAGGGGGCCCCGCGGUUCUCCUGGGAUGAAGGAACCCGGGACUUCGCCACCUUCAGGAAGGAGCUCAACGCCCUCCGCAGCCGCGCUGACGGCGCGCAGUCCAGAGAGGAGUCCUUCGACGGGCACAUGGCGAUAGGGCGUGGUCUGUACGCGCACCUGCUGUUCGGAGAGGCGUUGGUGAGCUUCCGACGCGCCUGCGAUUUGCAGCCGACUGAUGUCCGGCCGCACUUCCGCGCGGGCAAUGCACUUCAUGCCCUCGGUAAGCACGCAGAGGCGAAGGAGGAGUUCCUGCUUGCCCUGGAGGCGGCAGAAGCGAGUGGUAACCAGUGGGCAUACCUUCUUCCUCAGAUCCACGUCAAUCUUGCGAUCGCAAUGGAAGGGGAGGGAAUGCUCCUUAGCGCCUGUGAGCAUUAUCGCGAGGCGGCGAUUCUUCUCCCCACCCAUUUCAGGGCCUUGAAGCUACUGGGCAGCGCACUUUUUGGGGUGGGUGAGUUUAGGGCGGCGGAGAAGGCCCUGGAGGAGGCCAUAUUCCUCAGCCCUGCCUAUGCAGAUGCGCAUUGUGACCUUGGCUCGGCAUUGCAUGCCUUGGGGGAGGACGAAAGGGCAAUUCAGGAGUUCCAGAAAGCGAUCGACUUGAAACCCGGGCAUGUAGACGCACUUUACAAUCUUGGAGGUCUGUUUAUGGCUGUUGGCAGGUUUCCAAGGGCUUCAGAGAUGUACACAAGGGUUCUGUCAGUGAGGCCAAACCACUGGAGAGCUCAGCUGAAUAAGGCAGUCUCAUUGCUGGGAGCUGGAGAAGCUGAGGAUGCAAAGAAGUCACUUCAGGAGGCCUUCAGAAUGAGCAAGAGGGUCGAGGUGCAUGAUGCAAUUGCACACCUUAAGACUCUUCAGAGGAAGAAAUUGCUGAAAGGCGGUGGAGCUGAAGGUGACAAUGGCUAUCUUGUUAUUGAGCCAUCAAAGUUCAAGCAGGUGGGAAGGAAGACAACACUGAGGCAGGAGCUGGCCACUGCUCUUCAGAUCAGGGCUUUCCAGAUAGUCACCAGGAUGAGCCGUUGUGAUGUUGACCACUUGAAAAAUGAAAUGAGCAGGGCUGAAGUACCCGUUUCGUACUCUGGUAGUGGUGUUCCUGAAAAGUCUAUCCGCAAAGCUGCAUUGGAGGUCAUUCUCCGCAAACUGCUCCACUUCCUCAAGCCUGAAACAUUUCAGGGAGCUGUGAAGGCCAUCAAUGAGAGGAUUCUCUCAGUCUUAGAUUAUUCAGGUUCGGGCAGAGUGGACUUGGGUAUGUUCUUUGCCAUGUUAGCUCCCAUUUGUUCAGGCAAUCUCGACAGGCGAAAGCGAGCAGUCUUUGAUGCACUUCUGUGGCGGCCUAAUGAUGAAGGAGCCUUAAUCAAGAAAGCAGAUGCAAUUACUUACCUUAAAACUCUGAGGGCCAUUUACAUCCCUUCUCUUGGUGUCAGUGACAUGAUGGAGCUUCGUGGGGACUCUGACACCUCAUUGGUUUCUUUUCCAGAAUUUAUAGAGAUGUUUGAUGAUCCAGACUGGGGAUUUGGAAUUUUGGGCACAUUGGUGAAACUUGAAUCUGGGGACAAUAUAAGGCAUGCUGACCAUUACUGCUCCACAUGUCGGUACCCAAUCAUUGGUUCUAGGUUCAAAGAGAUAAGUUAUGGCUUCAGCCUGUGUAAUUAUUGCUACAGUGAAGGAAAGGUACCAUCUACUUUCAAGUUAGAGGAGUACAGAUUCAAAGAAUAUGGAAGAGAGGCUGAAGCCAUGAAAGAUAAGUGUGUAUGCUUUAAAUUUCACUCUAAGAGCAACUAA